AUGUAUUGCAACACCUCCCUCGUUGCCUUGUUGCUAUGUCUAACCGGCAUAGUCGAAGCAAAGGAUUGGCUCAGCCCUGCUUAUACCUGGCUUUACCAGUUCCCCCUCCCGAUUCCACCAAUCAAGAAGCCCAAAUGGACUACUACGAACCCUGUCACAGGGGGCACAAUCGAGUAUUACGAAAUCACUAUUCUCCCUCCGACUCAACAGGUCUACCCGGGCAAGUCGCCUGCUAAACUUGUUGGGUAUGACGGCUUCUCCCCAGGUCCUACCUUCAAGGUGAACAAGGGUACCGAGGCCGUCGUUCGUUUCAUCAACAACUCCACUACGGCAAGCUCCAUCCAUCUUCACGGGUCUUAUUCGCGAGCUCCAUGGGACGGUUGGGCCGAAGACCUGACAGGCCCGGGUCGGUACAAGGACUACUACUAUCCAAACCACCAAGCGGCCCGCACGCUAUGGUAUCAUGAUCACGCCGUCGACCAUGUAGGAAAUAUGCUGAGGGAGCAUGCCUAUUUUGGCCAGGCCGGCGUAUAUGUGCUCCACGACCCUGACGAGCUCGGUUGGGGACUCCCAUCUGGCGAUUACGAUGUUCCCCUCGUCCUUUCCGCCAAGCAGUACAACUCUGAUGGCACGCUCUUCAGCCCUGCCAGCGAGACGACCAGCCUGUACGGCGAUGUGAUUCACGUCAAUGGCCAGCCGUGGCCGUACUUCAAGGUCGAACCUCGCCAGUAUUGCUUCCGGUUCCUUGACGCGUCCAUAUCGCGGUCCUUCUUCCUCUUCUUUGAGAGAGACGAGAAGCCAGGCGAGAAGCCCGGCGAGAAGCUCGAGUUCAACGUGAUUGGCUCGGACGCCCGGCUGCUCGGCAGCCCGCAGAAGACCAAGGACCUCUAUAUCUCGAUGGCUGAGCGCUACGAGGUUGUCGUGGACUUCUCCCGCUGGAAAGGCGAGAACGUCACCUUGCGCAACACCAGAGGGUUCGCCGCAGACAAGGACUUCCUGCACACCGACAAGGUCAUGAAGUUCAUUGUUGGCGACAAGCCGUCCGGCUCCGGCGACACCAGCAGCUCCCUUCCGAGCCGUCUCCGCACCAUCCCGUACCCUCCUGACAAGUCGGGCAUCGAUCAUUCCUUCAAGUUCGAGCGGAUUAACGGAAAGUGGAAGAUCAACGGUGUCUCGUUCUCUGAUGUCAAAAAUUGCGUACUGGCUAAGCCGCAGCGGGGCGGAGUCUGGGAGCUGAUAAACGGGGGCGGAGGCUGGUCGCACCCGAUUCACAUCCACCUCGUCGACUUCAAGGUCGUCAAGCGGGUGAACGGCCGUGGCGUGGUCCAGCCUUAUGAAGCGGCCGGACUCAAGGACGUCGUAUGGCUCGGACCGAACGAACAGGUGACCGUGGAAGCCUAUUAUGCCCCCUGGGACGGGGUGUACAUGUUCCAUUGCCAUAAUCUGAUCCAUGAAGACCACGAGAUGAUGGCCGCAUUCAAUGUCUCGUACCUGGCCCUUGCUGGAUACGACGAGACGCAUUACAUCGACCCCAUGGAGGAUCGCUGGCAAUCCAGGCCACAGAAUGUCACUGAGAUGCAAGACCCUUUCAUCCGCGCAAAAAUCAAGGACAUGGCUGCCGAACAGCCUUAUAACCGCGUCGACGACAUGGAGACCGCCCUCAUGGGGUAUUGGGCGACAGCUUCCACUUCGCCGAACGCGCCGGCUGCGACGGGCUCGAGCGGUGGUCCUGGCUAG